ACAAGUACCACAGAAACCAGUACAACCACCUCAAAAAGCACCACAAAAACCAGUGAAACCACUUCAACAGGUACCACAGACACCAGUGCAACCACUGCAACAAGCACCACAAAAACCAGUGAACCCACUUCAACAAGGACUACAGAAACCAGCAGAAGUACCUCAACAAGCACCACCAAAACCAGUGAACCCACUUCAACAAGUACCACAGUAACCAGUGAAACCACCUCAACAUCCACCACAAAAAGCAAUGAAACCACUUCAAUAAGCACCACAGAAACCAGUGCAACCACCACAACAAGUACCACAGAAACCACUGAACCCACCUCAACAAGCACCACAAAAACCACCACCUCAACAACUACCACAAAAACCAGUGAAACCACCUCAACAGGUACCACUGAAACCACUGAACCCACCUCAACAAUCACCACAAAAAGCAGUGAACCUACCUCAACAAUUACCACAGAAACCAGUGGAAGUACCUCAACAAGCACCACCAAAACCAGUGAUCCCACUUCAACAAGUACCACAGAAACCAGUACAACCACCUCAAAAAGCACCACAAAAACCAGUGAAACCACUUCAACAGGUACCACAGACACCAGUGCAACCACUGCAACAAGCACCACAAAAACCAGUGAACCCACUUCAACAAGGACUACAGAAACCAGCAGAAGUACCUCAACAAGCACCACCAAAACCAGUGAACCCACUUCAACAAGUACCACAGUAACCAGUGAAACCACCUCAACAUCCACCACAAAAAGCAAUGAAACCACUUCAAUAAGCACCACAGAAACCAGUGCAACCACCACAACAAGUACCACAGAAACCACUGAACCCACCUCAACAAGCACCACAAAAACCAGUGAACCCACUUCAACAAGUACCACAGAAACCAGUGGAAGUACCUCAACAAGAACCACCAAAACCAGUGAACCCACUUCAACAAGUACCACAGUAACCAGUGAAACCACCUCAACAUCCACCACAAAAACCAGUGAAACCACUUCAAUAAGCACCACAGAAACCAGUGCAACCACCACAACAAGUACCACAGAAACCAGUGCAAGUACCACAACAAGCACCAUAGAAACCACCACCUCAACAAGCACCACAAAAACCAGUGAACCCACUUCAACAAGUACCACAGAAACCAGUGGAAGUACCUCAACAAGCACCACCAAAACCAGUGAACCCACUUCAACAAGUACCACAGUAACCAGUGAAACCACCUCAACAUCCACCACAAAAACCAGUGAAACCACUUCAAUAAGCACCACAGAAACCAGUGCAAGCACCACAACAACCACCUCAACAACUACCACAAAAACCAGUGAAACCACCUCAACAGGUACCACUGAAACCACUGAACCCACCUCAACAAGUACCACCAAAACCAGUGAACCCACUUCAACAAGUACCACAGUAACCAGUGAAACCACCUCAACAUCCACCACAAAAACCAGUGAAACCACUUCAAUAAGCACCACAGAAACCAGUGCAACCACCACAACAAGUACCACAGAAACCACCACCUCAACAACUACCACAAAAACCAGUGAAACCACCUCAACAGGUACCACUGAAACCACUGAACCCACCUCAACAAGUACCACCAAAACCACUGAACCCACCUCAACAACCACCACAAAAAGCAGUGAACCUACCUCAACAAUUACCACAGAAACCAGUGGAAGUACCUCAACAAGCACCACCAAAACCAGUGAUCCCACUUCAACAAGUACCACAGAAACCAGUACAACCACCUCAACAAGCACCACAAAAACCAGUGAAACCACUUCAACAGUUACCACAGACACCAGUGCAACCACUGCAACAAGCACCACAAAAACCAGUGAACCCACUUCAACAAGGACUACAGAAACCAGCAGAAGUACCUCAACAAGCACUACCGAAAUUAGUGAUCCCACUUCAACAAGCACCACAGAAACCAGUGAACCCACAUCAACAAGCACCACAGAAACCCAUCUAACCACCUCAACAAGUACCAUUAAAACCAGUGCAACCACCACAAGCACCACAGAAACCACCACUUCAACAAGUACCACAGACACCAGUGCAACCACCGCAAAAACCAGUGAAACCACCUCAACAGGUACCACAGAAACCCAUGAAACCACUUCAACAAGUACCACCAAAACCAGUGAAUCCACCUCAACAAGCACCACAAAAACCAGUGAACCCACUGUACCACAGAAAGCACUGAGCCCACCUCAACAAACACCACAAGAAACACAGAUCUCACUUCAACAAGUACCACAGAAACCAGUGGAAGCACCACAACAAGCACAACAGAAACCAGUGAAAACACCUCAACAGGUACCGCAGAACCAGUGUACACACCUCAACAAGCACAAAAACCAGUGA